UGACUGUCCAUAUCUGUAUUUUGGGAAUCACGGAUGUCGCCGGCGCGAUGCGAGAAGCGCGCUCUGUCGCCGCCGCGGCGCAAAAUCCCUCGCAAGUGCAAGCGCGGCCGCACGGUCGGCGCCGUUGCCCCAAAUGGUGCCGCGCCCUGGAUGGAGUCUCCCUGGGCGUCACUGGAUGGAGAUAUCAUCCGCCUUGUCGCCGAGCACGCGCUGGCUGGCGACGUGGCGGAUUACCUCCGGCUCCGCGCUGUUUGCCGCCAUUGGCGGUCCAGCACCGUCAGCCCGCGCGGCCGCAGCGUCGUGGACCCGCGCUUCCAUCCGCGCCGGUGGAUCUUGUUCCCCGAGAGCCAUGGCCUCUUCCCUGGCCACCGCAAGCUCCACGGGAGGGUUCGCUUCUUCAACGUCUCCACGGGCGCCUUCGCGCGUCUCCUCCUCCCGUUCUUCCCGGAUCACUUCGUCAUCGACUCGGUCGAUGGCCUCCUCCUCUUGCAGCGGGAUCGGGACAGUGCUAUCCGUAUCCUCCACCCUUUCACCGGUGACAUUGUUGAGUUAUCAUCCCUGGAGACCCUACGGCCGCAGGUUGAGCCCUUCUUCACCAGCACUGAGUUGGCUUAUAUGAGAGCCAUGGAGCGAAAAGAGAUGGGCAUAUUCUCAUAUUUCAAUCGUAUUUGCGCUGCUCUUAGCUUCGGCCCUGACGGAGUCAUCACUAUCAUGUUCGUUGUUACCAGAGUACAGCGCGUUGCCUUUGCCACCUCUGCGGAUCAGCAAUGGACCUUGUCAAAUUGGCAGACCAACCUCUCAUGGAAAUACAUGGCAUUCCAGGGCAAGAUUUAUGCAGCAUCAAUAUGGGUAAACUUCUCUCCAAACAGAAUUUUCGUGAUAGACCCACCCCGGGUGGAGGCGAAUGGCUCUGCUUCGUCUUUUUCCCUACCAGAACCAAAAUUGUUUGCUACAUGUCCAGUAGAAAAGCUGUUUGGGUUCGCUUAUCUGGUGAACUGUGAAUCAGAGGUCUUGCUGAUCGGUCACACUGAUCGCUCGUACUCGCAGGCCGUGGUUUACAGACUUGCUGACAUUAUCUUGGGAAGGUUCAUCCCGUUAACAAGAUUUGGGGACUACACCAUUUUCAUGGAUGAAAGGAGCCUGUGUGUCUCCUCGAAGGCUGUUCCUGGCAUUGCAGAUGGCUCUCUCAUCUACAGGCACCACGGGAAAUUCCUUGCACAAUACCAUGUUAGAAGUGGCACCCUGUCGACAGCUGCUGAGGGUAGAAUCGAGGAAGGCUACAGACUGGCUCCGUACAGCCUCAUCCACCAUCUUUUUGCUUGCUGUCUUAUGACUUUUGGAACAAAGGACAACUAUUUUGCUGGAAUACGACGAAUAAAUGGGGCUAUAAGGCAAAGUAGCAAAGCAGGGGUGACUCUCGAAUGUACUGUUUCUUAUUGUCUCUCAAGCUCAACUGCCAGUAUGAACAAUUAUGUUCUUCUCACUCUCUCUGUGCUCUUGCUGAUGCCUAGCGAUCUCAGACUUUGUAGCCGCUGUUUAGUUAACAAAGAAGGUAGCCCGCGUAUAUGCGUGAGUAUGUUAUUUAAUGUUGUUUUAUUUUUUUUAUUAUGA